AGUUGUUUACUGGUGGGUUCCACUCUUCGUGGAACCAAUUUUCAGUGGACCCUCCUCAGAACGAUCAUCGCCUUUUGACGCCAUGGACAAGGCAGAGGCCAAAGCGCUCUUCGAGCGGUGCAUCCCCCACUUCCCCCGCGCAGGGUUAGAGGCGGUGAAGCACGUGAAGGAGGUCAAGGCCCGGGCCGUGGCCUCCCUGUGGGCGGGCAUGGGCACGGUCUACGCUCUCACCGGCGAUGCCUUCACCAUCGUGGCCAAGCGCAUCGAGCUGCCCAGUAGCUGCAGCUCUAUCGGGGACCAGCGCAAAAAGGACAGUUAUGACGUCGAAGCAGCCUUCUAUCAGAAUGGCCACGCGGAGCGGCUGAUCGCCGCAGGGUGCCAAGUGCCCUGCCCGCUGCACGUGGAGCGGGGCAAGGAUGGGCUCACCAUCUGCAUGACGCAUUUGGAAGGCAGAUCGUCCCAUCCACGGGGCAAGGAGGCGUUUCUGAAGUGGCUCGCCAGGCUGCAUGCGACCUACUGGGGGCCUCGCGCAGAUGUGGCGUGCAGUGCCGGGCCCGAGGGGGGCCUGCAGCCGCAAGGGUGCUACUGGCACCUGGACACCCGCCCAGAAGAGCACCAGCGCAUGGGGCGCUCGGGCUGGAUGUAUCGCCUGAAGCUGGCGGCGAGGGCGUUGGACCUGCGGCUCAAGGCGGAUCCGUUUCAGUCUGUCUGCCACGGAGAUGCCAAGGGCGCGAACAUCCUUUACAAAGAUGGGGAGGGAGGUUGUGUGGCGUUGGUCUACGACUUCCAGUACUGCGGCAAGGCCCCAGUGACGAAAGACUUGGCGUACUUCUUCAAUGUGGAAGCCUGCCCCAGUGCAGUCGAAGAGGAGAAGCUGCUGCAGCUCUAUCAUCAGGAGCUCUCAGGGCUGCUGGCGAAGCAAGGCGACGCCGCGCCGGACUUCCAGGCAUUGCACACUUCCCUUGAGCUGGCCCUUUGCGACUGGCGCCGCUUCACGGAAGUUGGCCUGGGGGGCUGGGGCGACAGCUCCGCCACGAAGAGAGUGAUGAAGGUGCUGGACAAGUUGGAUGGCGGCCAAGCCUUAGCGUCUGAGCAAGCCUACGUUGAUGCUAUGCACCGGGAAUUUCCCGUCUAGGCGGAAGAGAG